UCUCUGUAUUUGUAUACCAUUUGAUAUUUUAAAAAAAGUAAAAAGAUUUUAUCAUAAACGUGCUUCUACAGUUUUAUUGUAAGAUAACAUGGGAUAAAAUUGAAUUAUUGUGUUUCAUCUACAGCAUAUAAUAUGGUUAUACAGACUAGCAGUUGUCAACAAAGUCCAAUGAUAAUCGUUUUUAUCAGUUUAUGGUUUACACUACAGCGCAUAUUCUCCUGGGUGUUUUAGCAAAAGGAUUAUUGAACACACAAGCAGCUCUGGAAGCUAUGUUGAAGACCAUGUCUGCCAAAAACUCUGCUGAAAACACUGAAAUGGAUAUAGGAGAACAAAGACAGGAAACUGAUACUGGAAAUGAUAAACAUUCAGUGCAUGACCAGCAAAGUUUAAAUCAUCCUUCAGGCUUGCAUCCAGCCAAAAUAAGGAAACCAACUGCUGGAACUUCAAACCUUGGUAACGGAAAACAAAAUUUAAUGGAUGUUGCCUUUGAUGAGACUGAAGAAACUUCACGUAGCUCCAAGAAAGCAAAGGUAACAUCAAAAGCUGUCACUGAAGUUGCUGCUGACAAUGGCUUUAAAAAUGAAGAUCUGAAACCACCAAGCAACGACACGGCAGGAGUUGAAGUUGAAGCGGAUCAAGAUUGGCCUAACAACUCCGAGGUGGAAGGGAGUGAACCAGAAAAUACUUCAGGGGCAAGAGAUAACUAUGAUCUAGAGUUAGGAAUAGAGCCUCAGAAAAAUGAUGUCAUAUCUAACACACAAGUAGCAGAGUCUCUGAAUGACAACAAUAACACACCUCCUUAUACAACAGUGGAUGAUCACCAGUCUGAAAUUAUCCAACGGCCUGAAAGUUCUGGAAUUAGAAAAAGAAGACAUGAGGCAUCAGUUAAACAAGGUUUUCCUCUUGUUUCUACAGCUACUGCAAAAGAUAAUGAUAAAAGCCUUGUAAAGCCUGCUGUAGGAAAGGCUGAAAUUCAAUCAGCUACAAGACAGAAACUACUGGCAGAAGUUGUGGAAAAAGCAGAGCAUAGAAAGAGAAGAAGCAUCCAAGAAACCAAUCAACAAGAACAGGCACUAGAAAUAUCUGCAACAGAAGAUGUUGAACAGGUCACAUCUACAUCCACAAGCAGUCCAGAUAGAGACUAUAGUCUGUCUCCAGAGGCCAGUAAUGAUGUUGACAGAAUAGCUCAGGACAAGUGUCAAACAGCAAGACAAAGUUGCAUAGAUAUGGACUACACAGCAGAACAGAUUGAUAUGGCAGUAAAUGAGUAUCAUAAGCAGCAUGGUGGUAGUGAUGAUUACUCUGGAUGUGAUCUUGCCUUACUUAUUAUGGAGACGAGACAGGAUGAGGUACACGAUGGACUAGAUGAACCAAGUCCACCUCCCGAUAACCAUAAUCCGUCAAGUGACAGCAUAGAACAGGCCAACAUGGCAGUGGGGGGUGGCCAUUACAAGGCCACUGCUACAGUUACAGACCAUGGCCACCCAGAUGAUUCUACCAGACAUACAAUUCGUGUUGAUGUUCCACUGAAGAGGUGCGACUGUGGCUGUGUACCAAAAAUCAGUGUUAAUUCCUAUUUCCCAUAGCCAAGGUGUCUUUCAAACAAUUUUGCCUAUAACAGAUAAUAAGUAAAAGUCUGCAUCAUAAGCUUGAUGAAUAUACCUAGAAACUCAGACUGAAAACUAGGUAUAAAAGAAAUUGUAAUAUUAUAUACUGAAUGCCUUUAAAAAACACAAAUUAUUACAGCUGUUAGUACAGGGUUUCGGUUUACAACUUCAUUGUGUAAAUUUUACAAUUUGAAAAGUGAACCAUUCUGUCAAAAAUUAGAAGAUCCAGAUUCAAUGAUGAUAUCUAUGCUGUUAAGAACUAUUUUAUUGGGGUUUAAGUAUAUAAUAUGCCAAGUGAACAUUUCUUAAUCUCAUUUUAGAGUUAGUAAGUUCUAUUCACCUACAGAAAGGUACUUUUUGUCUGAUAUAGUUAAAAUUGUUUGAAAGAGAAAUGAUUUAAUGGACUAGAAAUCUUUUCCUGUAAAUAUAUGUAAAUAUUUUAUUUGUUUAAUACUUGAUUUUAAAGAAUGUUAUUGUGUUGUUUUUUUACUAUGUUGAAUUGCUAUUUCUGAUUUAUGCUUGAAAGAGAAAUGAUUGUAUGAACUAAGAUUUUUUUUCUACUGUACUCACUAUAUAUGUAGAUAUAUUUCAUUUUUUUAAAUGUUUGAUUUUUAUGGAAUAUUAUUAUAUGUUUCUUUUUAUGCUGUUGAAUUGCAUUUUCUGAUUUUACUAUAGCAUUUUAUUUUUUAUAUAUAUUUAAUUUCACAGGAUAUUGAACAUUUGGUAAUUAAUGAAAUGGCUUAAUUUCUGUAAUAGUUUGCUAAUACUAUUUAUAUAACCAACUAUGAUGCUGGUUAAAGGAGUAUAACAGAAGGUCAGAUACCCCUUUCUUGUUAGCAGCUGAAGCUAUAUAUAGGCAUACAGACACUAAAUAGAAAUAUGGCGCAAAAAAAAAUGGUAGCACAAUGGCGGACACAAAUAGUCCUCAGUUUUUGUGCCCCCAAAGGGAGGCAUAUUAGUUUUCAACUGUCCGUCCGUUAGUUAGUUCGUUCGUUCGUUAGUCACAGCGUUAACUUUUUGCAUGAAGGCACUUUACUCGCGAACCACUGCACCCAUGACCUUCAAACUUCACCUGCUGAUAGUACUUACUGAGUACACCACCCCUACUGACUUUGGGGUCACCAGAUCAAAGGUCAAGGUCACAGGGGCCAAUGUUAACUUUUUGCAUGAAGGAACUUUACUCGCGAACCACUGCACCCAUGACCUUCAAACUUCACAUGCUGAUAGUACUUAUUGAGUACACCACCCCUACUGACUUUGGGAUCACCAGAUCAAAGGUCAAGGUCACAGGGGCCAAUGUUAGCUUUUUGCAUGAAGGCACUUUACUCGCGAACAACUGCACCCAGGACCUUCAAACUUCACAUGCUAAUAGUACUUACUGAGUACACCACCCAUACUGACUUUGGGGUCACCAGGUCAAAGGUCAAGGUCACAGGGGCCAACGUUAACUUUUUGCAUGAAGGUACUUUACUCGCAAACCACUGCACCCAGGACCCUCAAACUUCACCUGCUGAUAGUACUUUAUGAGUACACCACCCCUACUGACAUUGGGAUCACCAGGUCAAAGGUCAAGGUCACAGGGGCCAACGUUAACUUUUUGCAUGAAGGCACUUUACUCGCAAACCACUGCACCAAGGACCUUCAAACUUCACAUGCUGAUAGUACUUAUUGAGUACACCACCCCUACUGACUUUGGGGUCACCAGGUCAAAGGUCAAGGUCACAGGGGCCAACGUUAACUUUUUGCAUGAAGGCACUUUACUCGCGAACCACUGCACCCAGGACCUUCAAACUUCACAUGCUGAUAGUGCUUAUUGAGUACACCAACCCAACUGACUUUGGGGUCACCAGGUCAAAGGUCAAGGUCACAGGGACCAAUGUUAACUUUUGCAUGAAGGCACUUUACUCGCGAACCAUUGCACCUAGGACCUUCAAACUUUACAUGCUGAUAGUACUUUAUGAGUACACUAACCCUACUGACAUUGGGAUCACCAGGUCAAAGAUCAAGGUCACUGGGGCCAACAUUAAGUUUUUGCAUGAAGGCACUUUACUCGCAAACCACUGCACCCAGGACCUUCAAACUUUACAUGCUGAUAGUACUUUAUGAGUACACCAACCCUACUGACUUUGGGGUCACCAGGUCAAAGGUCAAGGUCACAGGGGCCAACGUUAACUUUUUGCAUGAAGGCACUUUACUCACGAACCACUGCACCCAGGACCUUCAAACUUCACAUGCUGAUAGUACUUAUUGAGUACACCACCCCUACUGACUUUGGGGUCACCAGGUCAAGGGUCAAGGUCACAGGGGCCAACGUUAACUUUUUGCAUGAAGGCACUUUACUCGCGAACCACUGCACCCAUGACCUUCAAACUUUACAUGCUGAUAGUACUUUAUGAGUACACAAACCCUACUGACUUUGGGGUCACCAGGUCAAAGGUCAAGGUCACAGGGGCCAACGUUAACUUUUUGCAUGAAGGCACUUUACUCGCGAACCACUUCACCCAGGACCUUCAAACUUCACAUGCUGAUAGUACUUAUUGAGUACACCACCCCUACUGACUUUGGGGUCACCAGGUCAAAGGUCAAGGUGCUGUGGGGUAUUUGUCACCAUUAGUGACAGCUCUUGUUUUGCUCUGUAGAGCUAUUUUCCUUAUUUUCUUUGCAAUUUUUUGGCUCAGAUCACAUGACAGAUCUAUGCUUGACAUGUAGGUAGCAUUUUCAUAAUGAAAUGACAACAUGACAAAUGUUUUCAUGGAAACUUAGACCAUACACCACCAGUAUAAUUUGGGGUCUCAUUUUUUAGCUGAUUUUGCAGUUUGUGUGUUUGACUGAAAUUAUUUUUCUUGCAUCAAACAUGACCCCCACUUUUCUUUUGAUUUUUAGUUAACACUGACAAUAUUCUUCAAGAAAAUGUAAGUUACAGAAAUUUAAAAUGGGUCCUGAUGUGUGCUGCGGUCAUUGGAAAUAGGUCAGUUUUAUAUAGAAUAAAGAACAACAACUAUUUAAUGUGUUAUAACCUUAGUUAUAGGCAUACAGACACUAAAUAGAAAAAUGGCGCAAAAAAAAAAAAUGGUAGUCGCAUAAUGGCAGACACAAAUAGUCCUCAGUUUUUUUGCUCUGUAGAGCUAUUUUCCUUAUUUUCUUUGCAAAUUUUUGGCUAAAAUCACAUGACAGAUCUAUGCUUGACAUGUAGGUAGCAUUUUCAUAAUGAAAUAACAACAUGACAAAUGUUUUCUUGGAAACUUAGAUCAUACACCACCAGUAUAAUUUGGGGUCUCAUUUUUUAGCUGAUUUUGCAGUUUGUGUGUUUGACUGAAAUUAUUUUUCUUGCAGCAAACAUGACCCCCACUUUUCUUUUGAUUUUUAGUUAACACUGACAAUAUUCUUCAAGAAAAUGAAAGUUACAGAAAUUUAAAAUGGGUCCUGAUGUGUGCUGCGGUCAUUGGAAAUAGGUCAGUUUUAUAUAGAAUAAAGAACAACAACUAUUUAGUGUGAUAUAACCUAUAGGAGAGAUCGCCAUGACGUCAUGCAUAAAUACCUGUUUAUCUGGUGGUGGGUAAAACAAAUGUUUUUACAUCGUUUGUGUAUGGGAUCUGAAUUUUUCAUAUUUUCCCAUUUAAAUAUCUUUUUAAAAUGAAUACAUUUUAAAUGACAUAAGAUUUUAAUAGCGGCAUAGCGAUCCUCCAAACUUUUUUAAAAAACACUGUAAGUUAAGCGUUCAUAAUUAAUCCAUUUAAUUUCGAAAUUGUAAUCAAAAGUAAUCAAUCAAUUGCUUGUUUUAUACACUUUCCAUUGAUAAAAAAAUUAUUGAUAUUAUUUGUGUUUUAAGAAAGUUUAAGCCGUUAGAAAAGCAUCACUGUUUACAAAAAACAUGGACGCUCGGCGUCUGCCCACCCGGUCUUUGUCUUAUCAGUUCUAAAAAUAGAAAAUACAAUGGAUUUGUUUACAGACACGACCUCUCCUAUAUGUAUACACAAUAAAUAAUAUAUUGCAAGUUAAUAUGAUGAUAAGAUUAAAGGAUGGCCCCAACAUUUCCAGAUAUUCACUCUUUGCACCAGAGACUGUACCUGUUAAAGCACAGAUUAGCCCUAGGUACAAAAUGCACAUUUUUAGCAAGGGUAUAGGCCUUUUUCUCUAUUAAUGAAAACUACAGUAUUUACUGUAGAUCAUUUAUCAAUCUUGGUAUGAAGUUUUUAUGAGUAUGGCUUGGUUCAACAUGAGCUCAUCAUUCAUAGAAGUUAAGAGGUUGGCAGUAAUAAUUAACCAAAGAUCCUCUAUCAGAGAAGUAAUCAGUUCUUAAAGAAACAUAGUACAUAGAUGGAGGAGUUGACUGGUAUGACUGAGAUUAAGACAUUUUCUGGAAGCGUAGUUAUGUAGAUUUAAAAAUGUACUAUAUAAUUUUGUCAUUCAUGAUCAACUUUAAGCAUAUUUAUAAUUGAGCUGCGCCAUGAGAAAACCAACAUAGUGGCUUUGCGACCAGCAUGGAUCCAGACCAGUCUGCAUAUCCGCGCAGUCUGGUCAGGAUCCAUGCUGUUCGCUAAUGGUUUCUCUAACUGCAAUAGACAUUGAAAGCAAACAGCAUGGAUCCUGACCAGACUGCGCAGAUGCACAGACUGGUCUGGAUCCAUGCUGGUCGCAAAGCCAUUAUGUUGGUUUUCUCAUGGCACAGCUCAAUUAUAAAUAUGCUUAAAGUUAAGGAAUUAUACAGGUCCAGUAUGAUCUUGUGCUGUGUUGGUCAGCUUUGAUUACUUAUUGAUAGUUAGGUUAUGGUUACUAGUUAUGAAUCAAUUUUAAUCUUAAAAAUUCAUGUUGUUACUACAUUGUUGGACAUGUUAGCAUAAUUAUGAUACAUGGGUACCAUGUUCAUUAGCUUGCUGCAUGUAUAAUUCAUCAUUCAUAAUUUCAUCUAAAAACAAAAAAAACAAAACCCAAAAAACAUUCCUUCUUUAUUUAUUUUUUUUGUAAUAUAGAGGGAAGGAAUGGAACGGUUUUGCCUUUUCCAGUACAGUAACUCCAGCUUAAUUCUGUUAUUGCAUGGAUUAAUUCCCCUUUUAUUCACAAACAUUCAAAUAAAUUUCUAUAAAUUUAACAGUUUGGUGAUAUUACACAACAAUAAGAUAAAUAUUCACGUGUUGUUGAAUUUUACCAUCGUAUUGAUAUUACACAUUAAUUCUUACAGCAAUUUGAUUUAAUUUAAUGAUGAUAUUCUCGUAUUAUAACUUGGCUGUUUACUACUGUUAAAGGAUUUGUAAAUAAAUUUGAAAACCGUUA